AUGAAACAAGCACUACCCAAGUGUCACACGGUAGGCCAAGACAUUAGUCCUUACAUGGUUAACUUUGCAAAGAAACGCGUGGACGAAAUCUACUGUGGGAAUGCCGCAGAACCGAAAAUAGCUGACGGCACUGCGGACGUUGUCUUUGUGCGGUUCAUAAAUUCCGAGGUCUUAAAAGCCGUGGUAGCGAGGAAAAUGGUACACCCGCUUCUGAGGAGUUUGAAAAAGGGUGGCUACAUGGUUAUUUUUGGACACACUCCGGUUUUGGUAUCUGCCGCCGACCUGUUAAUGGACACCGGACUCAAAAUUGACCGCUGUAUAGGAGGAGACCCAAAAUGGGAUGGGGUGUUCCAAUAUUAUGUGUGUCAUAAAGUGUAG